AUCAUAAAUUAUUCAAAUAAAAACACAUUAUUCUAUUUUAACAAUAGAAGCACCUUUAAAUGACAAUUUUCGUUAUAACCAAAUUUCAGCUAUAUUUUUUUCCUUUCUCAAAAGUUCAAAAACAAAGAAUUUGCAAAUUUUAUAAAAUAAAAUAUAUAUAUAAAACAAGUUUAUCUAGGUUUUCUACAUAUUCUCAUGUCUUAAAAUCAAACCCAAGAAAGUCUGAUCCUGCUGAUUCACUAAAAUCAGAAUUAGAAACACAUGAAAAAUUACAAAAGUCAAAUGAUAAUAUCUCUUUUAAAAGUUCAUCCUUUUUAAAAACACUUUCUAGUAAUAAUAAAAAAAAAAAACGUAAGGGAGAUCAAUACGGGAAUUCAGCUAAAUCUAUCUAUAAUCCAAUCAUUCCAGAAUGGUUUUUAGAAAAUAAUGUUUUUUUAUAUAAUUCUAUCAAAUCAGAAGAGCCGGACUCUAAAACAAAACAGGAUAUUUCCAAUUCUGAUUUAUAUGACAUACAUGUGUUUGAUGAUCACUUUUUUGUCACUAAAAGUUUAAUUAAGGAGCUGAUGGCACAUUUAAAUGCAUCAUUUAUUUUUAAUCCUACCAAAAAAAAAGAAAACAAUUCAUCCAGAAAAACAAAUCUUAUGUUGACAUGCCCAGUUGAAGGCUCUGUUUAUUUUUUAGAUUCAAUAGUUCAUGAAAUCUCUAAUUUGCUUGAGGCAGAUCUUAUAAAAAUUAGUCCGCAAGAUUUAGAAGAUCUUGUUGGAGAUAUUUUCGAAGAAGAUUGCACUGAACUGUUAAAUACUGGAGUUUUUCCAAAUCUUUCUUUUACGACUUAUAAUAAGAAGUUAUCAAUUCAGGAAAAUAAUGAAACAGAAGAACAUGAAGAUAUCGAAGAAGAUGAUACUAUUUCUGAAAUAAAUUUAAAUCAUAACACUGGAAAGAAAAUAGUUUUAGGUCCAGUUCUUCAAGUUCUUACUGCUUCUUUAUCAAAAAAUUCAAAUAAUAGAGAAUUCCAUGAUGUGCUUCAGUCGUUAAAACAUAUUCAAAAUAAUGUUGGAUUACAUGAAAAACUUUCCUUAAUUUUAUCGAAGUUGUUAGUCUCAAAUUUAAAAAAACAAAAAAAGCUUCAAUCAUUAACUCUAUCUACAGAAAAAGCACCUUUAUAUUCUCAAAAUAAAACAAUAAUUUAUAUUCAAGAAUAUUCUUCAUUAAUUAAUAGUAUUUCAGGGAAUUAUGUUUUAAAAGUCUUAUGGGAAGUUGUUCAUCUUAAACGUAAAAAAGGAGAGAAUAUUAUUAUUGUAGCAGGGUCUCACAAAGAUAUUAUUGAUCGUGGAAGCGUAAUACGAGACAAUAUGUUUUUGCCUAUUGAGCAAUUUUAUAGAAAUAUAUUUAUAGUCCCAGUAACAUCAAAAGAUCAAGAUAGCUUAUAUAUAGACAAAACGUUUAAUAAACAUCAAACUAUGCAUAUUAAAGAGAUAAACAUAAGGCACUUAAAUUCUCUUUUAAAACGACGAUGUGGUGUUAAGUUUGAACUGGAUAUUUCUAAAUUUCUUCACAGUGACUUAAAACUUUUCCCUAAUAUACAAAAUGAAAUAUGGACAUUUGAUUUUAUACAUAGAAUUAUUUCUGUUGCUAUAGGGUUAUAUAAAGGUUCUAAAAACAACCAAGAGGUAAUAUCUCUUAAUACAUUGGAUAUAUCAAAUGCAAUUGAAUUAAUUAAAGAAAAUAAUGAAAUAAAAAAGACAUGGGAAGCUGCAUCAAAAUACCAACAGGAAAAAUGCAAACAACAACUAGAAGAAGAGAGAAAGAAAAAAGGAUUUAUUGAUUAUAAUAGUUUAGACUGCAAUAAAUAUGAAAAAAAGUUACUUUCUGGUGUUGUUAACCCAGAAAUGAUCUCUGUUGGAUUCGAUUCUGUAAGAACUCCACCUUCUACUAAGAAUAUUCUUCAAACACUUAUUUCAUUACCUCUUAAAGAACCAGAAGCGUUUAAUUUUGGCGUUUUAUCUCGGAAUAGAAUAUCAGGAGUUCUUCUUUUUGGCCCUCCAGGUAGUGGUAAAACACUUUUAGCAAAAGCAGUUGCAAAAGAUUGUGGUGCAAGAGUUUUAGAAGUUAAAGGAAGCGAAAUUUUUAAUAUGUAUGUAGGAGAAGGUGAAAAAAAUGUUAAAGCUAUUUUUUCUUUAGCUCGAAAAUUAAGUCCUUGUGUUGUUUUUAUUGAUGAAGUAGAUGCUAUAUUUGCUUCCAGAAGAUCUGAUUACAAUAAUCCAUCACAUCGAGAAGUAAUAAAUCAGUUUAUGUCAGAAUGGGAUGGAUUGAUUAGUCAGAAUAUGGGAGUUAUGAUAAUGGGAGCUACCAAUAGACCUUUUGAUCUAGAUGAAGCUAUAAUAAGAAGAAUGCCUAAGAGGAUUUUAGUCGAUCUUCCAACAGAAGAGGAUAGAAAAGAAAUCCUAAAAAUACAUCUUAAAGAUGAAAUAUUAGCAGAUGAUGUUAACUUUGACGAAUUAUCUAAAAAAACAAUUCUUUUUUCAGGAUCCGAUUUAAAAAAUCUAUGUGUUGCAGCAGCAUUAGCAUCAAUAAAUGAGAAUUUGCAAAGUGAAAAUACAAAUCGAUCUUAUUCUAGAAUUUUAAAAAAAUCACACUUUGAAAAUGCAUUAAAUGAAAUUACUAGUAGUAUAAGUAACGAUAUGAGUAGUUUAAUUGAAUUACGAAAAUGGGAUGAAAAAUAUGGUAAAAAGAAAGAUAUAUUUAAAAAAACCUGGGGAUUUGGAGAUAUUAAUGUUUCGGAUUUAUCAAAAGUGCAUAUUCGUAAAUUAGGCGAUAAUAUAUAG